CAUCAUCACGCGACCAAAAUCGGGUGAAAGGUAGCCCGGCUGAGGUUGUUUAUGACACUCCUGUGGAAUACAAGAAGCAGUGUUUUACUCCAGGAGAAAUGAUGAGUGUUAACAGAUUAAUUCUCUCUAAAUCAGCUCAGAUCAGACAGCUGCUGUGUACCGUGAAGCAUGCUGGGAAACAUGUGGUUCUCCAGAGGAACAUCAGAACCCACAGCAGGAACCUGGCUUAUGCUAAAGAUCUGUUCCUGGGUCAGGUGAACAAGGACGAGGUCUUCCCGUACCCUGAGGUUUCUUUAGAGGAAGUGGAGGAGAUCAACCAGCUCGUUGCUCCGGUGGAGAGGUUCUUCAGCGAGGAAGUCGACUCAGCGAAGAUCGACCGAGAUGCUAAGAUCCCAGCAGAGACUCUGAACGGGCUGAAGGAGCUCGGGCUGUUUGGAGUGAUGGUUCCCGAGGAGUACGGGGGUCUUGGGCUGACCAACACGGUGUACGCCCGGCUGGCAGAGAUCACCUCUCUGGACGGAUCCAUCGCCGUGACGCUGGCCGCUCACCAGGCCAUCGGACUGAAGGGGAUUCUGAUCGCAGGGACUGAAGCCCAGAAGCAGAAAUAUCUUCCCAGGCUGGCGUCCGGAGAACACAUCGCAGCGUUCUGCCUCACAGAGCCGGGGAGUGGAAGUGAUGCCGCCUCCAUUCAGACCCGCGCCGUGCUGUCAGAGGACGGGACGCAUUAUCUGAUCAGCGGAUCAAAG